UUCUGAUUUGGCUUUCACGGACGGCCACGGGUUAGGCAGAAAGGGCGCGGCGACUUCCGGUCACUCUCUAAAAAUUGUUAUUAAUUUAGAGAGUUAGUUAUAUGAAGUUCGUCUCGCUCGGCUUCUUUGAGCAAAGUUCGGGAAGAGGAGGAGCCUAUGAAUUCUGAAUUUUUACCGGCCCGUCUGUUUGUUUGAUUGCGUUCCAAACUGAGCUGUGGCAGCACCUUAACCGUGGAUUCUUGUUGGAUGCAUGAACCGAUGGACUUAUGCAUUUACGUUUCUUUGCGAUGUGAUUAAGACCUACUUAUCGUCUCGAAGUAAAAUGCAUUCGGGCCUUAUCAGUGUUAGUAUUUUCAUGUUUAUUGUAUUUUGCUCUCCCACCGUCAUGAGUUACGACUCUGCGGGAGUCCCACAAAAUAUGGUAGAACUAACUUAUGCUCGGAGAUGCGAACGGAUUACAGUGCCUCAAUGCAGCGAUAUGCCUUACAACUACACUUUUGCCGAUUUUUCGGUAGUCAACGGGGCCAGUGAUCAGAGAAGCGCGGAAAUAGAUAUGCUGAAUUACAUGCCGAUGGUCUUGACCCAUUGUUCUCCGUAUGUGCGUUUCUUCCUAUGCUUGCGAUUUGUGCCGCUGUGCUCCACGAGUCAGAAAAAUUUUGACCAUAAACCAAUUUACGCCUGUCGACAUUUGUGUGAGACGGUGAAAAAAGACUGCGAACACACGUUGAAACUAUAUCAGCAAACUGCUUGGCCGGUACAGUUGGACUGUAAUGUUUUGGUUGAAAAUGGACUUUGUGUUACGGAGAAGACUGCCAGGGAUUACACCGUAGCUCCCCCGAUCAUGCGGUAUCCGCAUGGUUUGCAGUUAAUGACGCUAUCCGAUGAGCCGAUGCCGACCGUCUCGACGGUAUUUGAAUGUCCAGACGGUUUUGUCCGGGUUUCAACGCGCGCCGAAAGUGCGCACCACUGCGUACCCAUUUGUGAGACGGAUGUGCACUUCCAGAGAAGGGACAAAUAUUUGUUGCAGAUUUUUAUGCUGUUGUUUACAGUUUUGGGAUUUCUGACCACAUCUUUCAUGGCAUUGACGGCCUGCAUUUCAUUCAGUCGUUUCCAGUAUCCAGAGCGACCAGCAGUCUGGAUUGCGGUGUCGUUCAUGGGUGUUACUGUGGGCUAUUUUGUUAGACUGAUCUUGGGCAGUCGACACGUGAGCUGCAGCACCACGAAUAGCAGCAAUGAAAAAUCCCAUUUGAUGCUAUGGAGUUUAUCUGGAUUUGGGAAUGGCAUUUGCAUGCUGCAGUUUGUCCUCGUUUAUUACUUUUUCCAUGCUGGGUGUUUAUGGUGCGUCAUGUUAGCCAUGUCGUGGUUUUUAUCUGCUUGCCAAAAAUGGUCACCUGAAGCAUUUUCCUCCCUUGCUAAAUGCUAUCAUGUAAUCGCCUGGAUUUUUCCUGUAUUGUUGACCUUAGGAGCAAUCGUCUGGCAGAAGGUUGAUGCUAGUGAGUUGUCCGGAAUGUGUGGAGUGGGCAACCUGAAUCGAGAAGGUCUGCUGGUUUUUGUGAUUAUUCCUACCGUGGCGUAUCUGCUCACCGGUGGGACAUGCGCAGUAUCUGGGCUGAUUAGUGCUGUGCGAAUUCGUGCCUACUUCGAUCCCUUACACCGUAAACGGUUCUCCAUUCUGAUGUGGAGAAUUUGCUUUUCUGUGGCGCAUUUAUUUUAUCUUUAUCUGUGCUGGUCGCCUGUAGCCUGGCUAAAUAUCUCCAGUGGACGAAAGAUGUAGCGAAAGCUCCCAGGAUUGCCACGGGAAUUCUGUUCCUCCCUCCGUUGAUCCCGCUAUUUUUAGCCAUGAUGACAGGAUGCUGGGUUUUCAACAAGAAAACGAUUAAAUGCUGGACGAAAUUGUGCAAAAGUUUUGUUUUACAAA